CGUAUCCACCAACCCAGUUAAAGCACUGGACAUUCGCUUUUCGUCCUCUCGACUUCAUAAACAACACCGCUGCCACGAGAAGGUAGUAAGUAGGACUUUCCCGUCAGUGACUGUAUACGCAUGGCCAUGUGAGAGCAUUUGAAGAGGGAGGGAUAACUCCACCUUCGGUCGUACCAUGGUAUUCGGGGGCACGUAGGGACGAUAAAGGGGCGGAUUUGCAUGCAUGCAGUAUGCAAUUUUCUUUGAACCUAGCACACAACAAUACUGUCAUGUACUGUCCUACCGUCCUUGGCAUAUCAGGCUACCCGAAAGUCACGAAAACACCAUAAGGGCGUACGGCAGGCUAGGUACUAUAAUAUAAACUUUGAAAGUCUUCAUUGUCGAAUAACUAACCAUUGUAUUUUCGCAUUGAACUUAAGGUUAAGACUUUGCAAUUAACCUCAGGACAAUUACACCACUAGCUUACGCUCAGUUUGAUCUCUACUAGCUUUCACUUCAAAUUAAACUUGAAAAGUCAUCAGGCUGUAUCGUUAUUCUUUUCUUAGACCUAUAAACCGCUUGAGUUUGUUCGCAUUUAUCAGUACAGAAUGUGUGUUAAUAGUGCGGUCUAAUUUCAGUGGUCGAGAGUUGUACUCCAUAUAAUGUUUUACGUUGCUGGAAUGAAAGUGAAAUAAGUGAAUAAAUGCAAUUAUUGAGUUUCCCUGUUUUGUGUAAGCAAACAGGUAAGCUAUCUACAGUGGCUACGAUCUUAACAGAUGUGACUGAUUUCUGAGUAAGUUCUGUCCUUGGAUCUUCCUAUAUUGCAGUCUGCUGUAUUUCUAACACAAGGGUGUUUAGUUUACUUGUGUUUUGCAUCUUAGCCCCCGUUGUGCAUAUACAAAUGGGUAAAAUUAGUUUCAACGCAACAAUGAGGUGGCACUGACAUUGCGUAACUAAUGUUUACUUGUACCUCAAGUGAUUAGGUCAUAUCACUGCAAACAUGUUUUCCUAACAACUGAGUCGCGCUUGAUAAAAAAAUCACUUAGAGUUCCAUUUAUGCUAUACUGCCGGUAAAUUCUUUUUUUAUUGUCCUUGUAAACGCACUCAAUAGAAAUUAUUCGAAGUGUUAGGGAUCAUUCAACAAAUAUAAAGUCAACUUAUUGACAUUUGUUUUCAAUAGAUUGACGUCGAGGGAUCUGUCUCUCUUGAGUCUUCAAAAAAGUAAGAUAAACUCUCAGACACCACUUAUUCUGUUUCGUUCUUUACAACAUGAUGUUUGGUACCUAGUUUCGUCCUUCGGCACUAAAUUUUGCUUCAGGACUGAUCUAUAUCGUUGCUUUAUUGUACAAUGGGGAUCACAGCAGUUGUGUGGUUGGCUUCAGUUUUUUUUAGGUGCCCCAUUAAUCCAAGUGAAUGGAUGGCUAUUUAAAUGUCUACAAGAGUCCAAAAAUCUUAUUUGUAUUUUGGAAUUUUCUUUACCUAUGGCUUAGAUAAGACAUGCAUCUAAUUUUCAAAAAGCAGGCAGAUUAAAACAGUUAGUUGUUUGUUGUACACGGCUGAAAAUAAGGAAAGUGCAUAAAUUCCGAGUACUUAAUCACAAUUGUUUGUCAGGCAUUUCCGAGAUAUGGUAAGACCAAUAGACUCUGUACUGGCUGGUAUAUUAUUAAGAUGAGAAAGAAUCAGUGUUCAAACUAAAACUUGAAGUUACUGGUUAUUAGCUCGCGGCAUGUAUUAGGGUGGGAGUUUGUUUCUUGUGGUUCUCGAAAAGUUCGUGAUCUAACUUCGGCGAUCUUAGAUGGUGUGUUUCAAAGUUUGCGGCGGACUUAUGUACUCUUAUUUUUUUGUUUUCUAGCCCCUGAGAUUUUCAGUUAUCUACCCCUCCAGAUGUCAACUACUGUUGAUAUAACUUUGGACUUUUUAUUUGUAAUUGACACCGUGAUUCGAGGCUUAGUAACUUAAAUAUGAACACGUUUAUAUCAGCUGCCACGUUUCUGACUGUUUACAUCCCAUUACAUGAAGAUUUUAAAGAUCGAAUCGGUCGAUUAGUUGACCGUGUGGGGAUACAGGAGUUUUCAUAGUCGUCAGGCUAACAUACUAGUUUGUAUUUUUUUGAGAGGUAACGUAACUGCUGUGUCUCAUAUUUUCCAUCUUUUGAUACCCUUCGUAAAUUCUUUAGUACUCCUUUGCUUUUAACCUUAUUCUACUCAGUCUUAGGCGUCAAAUUUUUCAUGAAACCGCUACAACUGUCCAAUGAAAAUUUAUCUGAAUUUGUGCAGUCAAAUACGUUGGAGUCUGAUUCAGGAGAUUGUUUUGGUGUAAAUGUUUACGAGUUCCAAGAAGGAGAAGAUCUUUAUGGUCCUCGUGCACGUGGUUAUCAGAAACCUAAACAUAUGUGGAUGGCCAAAGAUCAAGCCCUAACGAAUAUUAAGUCAAACAGUCCAACUCCGGCGACAACAACUCUAGAUUUUGGUGGUGAUUGUUGCACUCAGAAUGGUCUCACUUCUGUUCCUCCUGGUAAUUUGAGAUGUCCAUCACCAAAUAAUAUGACGUACAACAUGGGUUCCCCAUCGACAUCUGGCAGUAUCCAGGGGCUCUCAACAGCCCUAUCGUCUUGUACCACAAGCAAUAGUUUAUGUAGCCAUACCUCUCCAGCUAUUGGUUUAAAUAUGGCUGAAGUCACUAGCACAUUUGAAAGCUCUACUUUCACUGAAGUAAAAAAUGAAAAAGGCACAAUGCUCACUUGUGAAAUAAACUCCGUGGUUAAAAAAUCUAAAUCCAGUGUCAAACUGACUACCAAAAAGCGAACUACGGGAAAAUAUUCCCUUAAAAAAUUUGAAUCUAGCAGUGAUACUAAUUCAUCUGUACCUGAUACCAGUAAAGUUCAAUCGUCAAAUAAUAAACAGUCUUAUUCUCGCAAGCAUCGACAACCUCGUUCUCGCACCAAUCGGAAGUCUAAACGAAGUCCUGUGAGUGAAUCAUCGUUGAAUUCGUUUUAUCCAGCCCAAACUCCUAAUUUGUCAACAGGUAACCAUCUAUCUUUAUCACCCAGUUUGACUAUGGCGGAACAGAUAAGCCAAGAGUCUCCUGUCCAAACACCUAUGUAUUCCAAAGGUUUGACUUCAUCGGCUUUCGUUUCUGGCGGACUGAAAAUUCGGCUUCGCCGGGACGCAGCUAUGGAUUUCAACAUUGGGAAAGGUAAACGAGCUAAAAGUAAAACGGCUCCUGCAACAUUUCGUAUUGUAGAGUCAUGGUGUGAUGCAGAUGCUCCAGGAGGAGAUUUUACCAGAAGGGCCAGAGCAGCUACUAGUAAUUCUACUUCCCCUACAUUUAGUCUGGUCUCGGGGGGAUUACGUGUUGGUGAUAUAGUGUGGGCUAAACUUGCUGGCUAUCCGUAUUGGCCAUCCCAGGUUAACGCUAUCUGGGCCCGCACUGCCCAUCAGCUUUCUCAAGCUACUCUACUUCCAACUUCACAGUCAUUGGACAGCAAUGCGUCAUCUUUGGCUGUUCUUGCGACUCCUUCAGAUCCAAGUUUAGCGGCUGGAUAUACUGCUCGCGUUGACUGGCUUGCUUGGGAUCAGUGUUCUUAUUUAAGCUGUGCUAAGUUGUACCCCUUUAAAGAGUCUUUUGAUAAACUUUAUAAUCCACGUACCCGGGUAAAAGGAUACGCAGAAGCUGUGCGCCUUGCGAAGCAAAUUGUGAAUGGGACCUAUAUUCCCAAUGAAAAUUUGGAUUCUCAGUUGUGUAUGUCUCCACAAAAUAAAUCCCACUCAUCAUUGUCUGGUCAGAUUUCGGCGCCACCUAGUACUGAUAGCCAGUGGUCAUCUAUGACAACCCUUUCAUCCUCCCUAGAAAUUCCGACUACAGGUACUAGUAAUCAAACUUCUCGUGAAUUAAUGGACAAACAUACCAUACUAUUGCCAUCUGAACUACCACCAGAUUCCUAUGUAUCAUCACAAUUAAGUUCAUCUCCCCAUUCAGUCACGAACCUCUAUUCUGGUGAGGGAUUAGUGAGAACUUCAGACGCAUUUUCAUCUACAUCUAAUAACUCAUGCCUUCUAAUUGGUGAUAAAAGCCUGGAAUUGCCUGAAUUGGACAAUAUGGCGAUGUGGGCUCCUCUUCCCCAAUUAGAUGUUUCAGGUCUUGGUGUUUUCCAUGUUCCGACCUUUUCAGAAGAUGAAGAAGAAUUGGAUCAGUCCAUUGUGAAUCAGCUGCACUUAGAUUUCGGUUCAUGUCUGCAAUAAUGAUACAAUAGCUAUAAUCGUGAUAUUAACAAAAAAGGUAAUGCUUUUUUUUUAUCUCCAAUCUUUCAAAACAAAGUGUAUCAUUUUUUUGUUUAUUCUUGUUUUGUUUUUUUUCUUUCAAUAUCUCUCCUUAAUUGUGAUAGAUGUACACUCUAAUCUAUGAACAUGUUCUGGUGCCUAUUUUAUGAUAUUACCCCCACUCCUUGAGUUUGUUUUUGUCAUCCUCCAUUACAUUUACUAAACUCCUAUUGACCGAAUAUCAUUGUUGAUUUUACAAAUUGUUGACUUGUAGUUCAUGCCCAGUUUGCAGCAGUCAAAUUUUGGAUAUGUGUAUAUUAAAUAAGAACCAUUGAUGCGUUACUGUUGUUAUUGUCACUUUCUAUGGAAGCUGCAAAUCAUGUAUCUCACAGAUCAUCUUUAUAAAACUCAUAUAUAUAUAUAUAUAUAUAUAUAUAUAUAUAUAUAUAUAUAUAUUCAGGUAUUUAUAUAAUGUAGUAAUUAUGUAUGAAGAAAUUCAAUUUUUAACUUCUAAUCGCAAACCCUUUUAUGCAUAUAAACAAAGUAUAUUUGCAUGUGUUGUUUCUAUUUUUUUUUCUUUUUUUUUCGUUACAUUUUUGUACACAUGCUCCAGCUUGUUGUUAUUACUUCUUCUUCUUUUCUUUCUUUCUUUUUAAAUACCUAUUCGUAUCCAUCCAUAUAUAAGAGUAACCUUUAUAAUCUGAAUUGUUUGUUCAGUAAAGUGUAUUUGUUGUUACUAUGCCCAGUCAUCAUCUUUUUUUAUGGGAUUGGAAAAGUAAUCUCAGCUUUGUCUUCUUUUUAAAAAAAAAUUUAUUUAUGGGAUUUUGCUAUUUAGACAUAACUAGUGUUGCCCCCCCCUUAUCUUUUUAAAGAAAACAACAACAACAAAAAGACAAACAAACGAUGCUCAUUUCUUGUAUAAAUAUAUUAUUAUUUCCAAAGUUUACAAAAAAAGUAAAAACUUUCCUUUCUCUUUAUCCUUAUACAGUGAUCCUACUUUUUUUUUCAUAUUUGAGAUCAUGAAUGAAAAAUAAUUCGUCUUUGUAAUAGUUUUUUUCUUCUUUUUCUUUUUAAAAUGCUCACUUGUUUACUGGUCUCAAAUGAUAGUAAUUCACAAAGUAUAAAUCAGCUUAGUGAAUUUUCAUGUUAGUUGUUUGAUUAAUUUAUCCCAUAAUGUAUAUUUGCUCAUCAUUUCUGAAGUAACCAAUUUUUUUUUCCUUUUAGAUAUAGGGAAUCUUACGUAAAAUUGUGUUUCAUUUUAAUCAGUCAGAUACAAUGUAGGACCAGGCACAUAUAUGCA